AUGAUGAAAAGCCAAAUACCUUCUAAAAACACCAUCAAAGACCUCCAGCUUACUGAAAAGCCAUCUCCAACACCACUGAUUGCAAAAGUAUUGGCAUUAACCAAUGAGUCACUGAUUCUUUGUGAUCAAACAGGAGCAAUAAAGGCAUUAUGCUAUAAGAAACUUCAAGAUUCCAUAAAGACUGAUAGUUACAUAAUAAUUGUCAACCAUAUGAUCAAAACCAUUGACGACAAGUUAACUGUGAUCAUAUCACAAAGUACAAAUGUCUUCUUAACAGCACCAUUCACAAUCCCACCCGAUGUGAUAGAAAAAGCAAAAACAAACAUGGACAUCACUCCAUCAACACCAACAGUCAUAACAGUUCAAGAAGCUAAAAGCUCUCCAAAGAAAAGGAAACUCUCCAUUGAAAGAAAAGUCAUAAAGGUUAGUCCACUGAAGAAAGUCAAAAACAACCAGAUUGACUUAAAGAACAUAACAGUGAAAGAUUCCACAGCGUCUAUACAAGUUUCUCUUUGGAAAGAACAAGCUGGCCUUAAAAUAGAAACAGGAAACUGUGUUAAGAUAUCAUCACUGCAAACAUCAACAUUUAGAUCAAAUCCUGUGUUGUCCUCAACAAACACAACAAGUAUUCUGCCAUCAGAUAAUGCUGACCUUCAACUCAUAUCUAGUGACGAAGAGAAAGAAGAWGAUGAUGAAUCUGCAACUCUUGUCGCAAUUCAACACAUUCAGAAAUACAAAUCCUGUAUAGAUGAAAACUGCAGAAACAAGAAACUAAACAGUGAGCUAAUGUGCCCAAGAUGUUAUUCAACAUACUCAGAACAAACUGCUGGACAAGCACUCAUUGCAAACCUAGGUGUCCUUAAAGGAGAUACUUUCCAGACAUACACUGUAUUCACUCAGAUCUUUAAGAAACUUUUCCCCACAAUUGAGUAUCAAACACUCCAAGAUACAUCAAUCAUGUCUGAAGUAUUACAACAAAUACCUUUUGCAAUCAGUUAUAAGAGUUCAAAAGAUGUGAUGUCUGAUGCAAACCGUAUUUAAGUUGUAUACGAAUUUCGAUUCACUUUUCAACUUACAGCCAUCUUCUACAGUCUCAUGUAUGUCCACUAUAUUAGAGAUCUUUAGGUUCUACAUUAAGCUUAUUGUUGAGUUAGCAAUAUAUAUAUCCUUCAAAAAGGUAUACUAUUUUUGAUAUAUCACUAUGUUGCAACAUAAAACAUGAGUGGUAAGAACAACAUGAUGAUACCUGCAGAAUGAAGAAAUUGAGUUUUUACCUUCAGUUCAAGCUUUUCGUUUUAUCAAAAAUAAUUUUAGACUUCUUUGCAAAGAGAAUUAGGAAAUAAGCUUAAU